CCCGUCCACACUUACCCACCCCUGCCAUGGAGAAGGAAGCGUCAGCUCCGCCGUCCCCCCUGAAAGGCGGGCGCCCUCCGGCAGAUCUUUCUAUUUGAGAAUCCCAAAGUGCAUUAUAAGUCCGAUUUCAGAGUGGUAGCCGUGUUAGUCUGUAUCAGCAAAAACAACAAGGAGUCCAUUGUUUUUUCAAGUCAGAGUGGACUUGCUCCUGUGAGGAUGGAAGGAAAUAUUAUGCCAGGGAGUUCAGCAGGUGAAAUCACAUUCAAAUAUGGAAGUAGGAAAGCUUCCAAAAAGCAAGAAAAUGGAGUUGUUGAGAAAAAUCCCAAGAACCCUGGAAAAGAGAAGACAAGCUCAAUUGUUAGUGUUACAAAAAUGCAAAAUAUGGGUGUCUUACUAGCCGAUGCACUGGAGAAAAUCAGCCAUAAAUUUCCUGCAGCAGCAGCACAAGUGGCUCAUCAAAAGCCACGACCAGCCCUGGAGAAGAGUAUAUGGCCCAAAAGAAUUUACAUCAUCCAACAACCUCGGAAAUGUUAAGAUAUAAAGCAAAAUAGUCAUGUCUGCUUGACAGUGAGCUCGUCUAACCACAGUCCGCUAUUAAAUGCUAUUUGCAAAAGGACCAAAACAUAGGGAAAUAGUUGCUGGCUGAACUGUAUUGUAUUUUUCUUCCAUUUCUGGCAAUAAAACACUUCAUAAGUAUACUAAA